AUGUCGGUCGUACCUUCCGUGCAUCUACCCUCUUCUCAGAGCAAUGAUCAUUCGCUCCACCGCCUUGACGCCGAUGCCGAUUAUUCCAGCUGUGCAAACUCCAUUGGUUCAACAAUGCUCACUUCCCAGACAGACGUCAUGUCUGCAACGCUCUCCUCUCACCAAAAACAGACUGGCGAAAACCAGACGGUGUUCUACUACUACGGUCCAGGUGAUGUGACAUGGAGCUCGAAUGCUGAUCCUCUGGACUCAUACACCCGUGUCAUUUACGGUGGUGUUCAUAAGCAGGAUGAUCCGGUUGGACAAUAUCUUGCGGAACGAGCUAUUGCGAGAAGCCUUGAGACUUCGUCUUCGGAGCAACACUCUCAUCACACGAAUGGUCAUGCCGGACACGAAACACAGAGCCAGAUGUGUAGAAACAUCUGUGACUCACACGCUUACGAAUACACACCGUUACAGAGGACCAUCUUACAUUUUCCCGAUCCAGAACAUAUUCGCCACCUCCAUACUUUGCGCAGCUUACUACCCCACAUUCAGCCAGAACGGAAGCUGAGCGCGCUGAGCGGUCCUGAGAUCGAUAUUCUUGAUGGAGGUACCGGCAAUUGUUUCUGCAGGGCGGUUCCAAAGAAGAUGCUUGUCCUCUUUCUGGGCAGGGCAGUUGUUUGCAAGUUUUUGGCCACAGUCCAACGAGAAGACAACGAAAACUGGAGGGGUCGCCCUACUCAACAGAAGAUGGUUCUGCCAUAUGGAGUUGCGAGCCAGGCUGCAGUCAAAAUCUUAGUGUCGUGGAUGACACGAGCGUGCACGUUUGCCACCAUGUCCACCAUGAAACCGAUCCGUAUACCCAGCAAUUUGUUCGCGGCAUGCUCCCUUGCUCAGACACUAGAGCUAUUCGGUCUACACAAAGACGCAUACGGUAUGGACCUGGUCAUAUCACAGCAUCUAUUCGAGCGCCCUAUCUACCCGGUGGAAGUCGAGACGCUUUGGACCUGCCUGGGUGAUCAGAACAAGUACGUCUACGGAUGUAUCAGAUCUUUCAGCCAGCAGCUUCGAAGUAGACUUGCGAACGCCACUGAAGACCUGGAACGUCUCCGCAUCAAACAUCCGUGUUUAUAUGCUCGAAUUCAGGAUCCCACACUCAACAAAAUGUACAGGCCUGGAUUUGGCAGGCAGUGGUUUGCAGCAACCGGUUUGCGCGGUGGCGGCGACGUUAAGGCUGAGGAUGACGACUCUACAACUUCAAUUUUCGGAGAUCCAACAACCCGCAGAGUACAGGUUCCAGAUGUAUCUGGGGCUUCGGCUUCUGCCACCUCAAUAUUUGGAGGUCCUACGUCUCCAGUGGCUACCCAGCAACAACAGCUACAAGUCGGCCAGAUAGCAAAUCAGAACGCCUCAGACUACCCGUCCACCCCUCAAAGUCCUCCAUCACACACGUAG